GCCAAAUGGCUAACCAAACCGUAUCCACUCCAAAUAAUUCUCUUAAAAUUAAACCAUCUCUUUUCACAAGAUCAUGAAUAACACCACCAUCUCCGAUCCAAGUUCCGACAACGGUGGCUUCCUCGGAUCGGAAAAAAUCGGAGGAUUCGGUUAUACAAUUGGUGUUUCAGCUGGUAUUGUCCUGUUAAUUGCAACUCUAACGUUCACUUCAUACUUUUGUACUAGAAAUCAAACAACAACAAGAAGACCACUACGAACGGCUAAUCGAGACGAACAUAUGAUGGAAAUGGGAAUUGAUGAAAAAACGCUUUUGAGUUAUCCAAAGUUGUUGUAUUCUGAAGCUAAGGUCAAUUACAAGGACUCAACAGCUAAUUGUUGUUCAAUAUGUUUAGCAGAUUACAAGAGUAAGGACAUGCUUCGGUUGUUGCCAGAUUGUGGACAUUUGUUUCACUUGAAAUGUGUCGACCCAUGGCUGCUGUUGAAUUCAACUUGUCCAGUUUGUAGAAAUUCUCCAUUGCCAACACCUCUGUCCACUCCUUUGGCUGAGGUUGUUCCUUUAGCAAGUCGAGGGGUACAUUAAUUAUGUAAGAGUUUUCAAAAAGAGUUUAUAAUAUUGUAGACUACUCCACUUAUUGCCUUAAAGUUUGAGAUUGGAUGGUCAGAUUUCUUUUUUACAACGGCAUCAAAUUCUUGAUGUUUUUUCCUAUUUUGUUGGGAUUGAUGACAGAGGCUGAGCUUACCUGUGUGUCCAAGUUAGUUAUAAUCAAUUAUAAUACUCAUCGAUUCCAAAUCCAAUAACAUGAUUUGAAAAAG